CACAUCUGACCAACACUUUUCCGCGCUCUCUCUCUCUCCAAUUUUCCAACUUUUCCCCUUGUAUCUCGGAUUCAAUCAAGCCAAGACUCGCGCACCCGCAGUCCCACACUCUCACUCUCCUCUCUCUCAGUAAGUGGUCCAUGAUCCAACAAGGCAAAAAGUGUGCAAUUUUCAGUUGCCAGGGUUGAAUCUUAGGGGAGGGCAUUGCCAUAGAAAGAGUGGUAGGUGUGUGUGUGUUGUAAUGGAGAAAACAAAGCUUAAUCUUAGUGUGCCACUUAUAUCAGUGAGGAGAAUCAAUUCGAAUGUUCGUUACUCGGAGGGUGUAAAUAGGAAGAAUGUUGAGAAUCCACAGCCUAAUAGACAACAACAAGAACAACCUCUGUGUGUCCCGAAAUCUGAUUGUGAGUUGAGUGAGGUUACGAAACCAGUUGCAGUUCCGUUUUGUUGGGAACAAGCUCCUGGAAAGCGGAGAGGUGAAAAUGGGGGCAAAGUCUACCCGUGUGAGGAUGCUUCGACUAUGCCAAGGCUCCCUCCGGGAUGGAAGCCAGAUUCUAGGCGAUUUUAUUCCUGUGAGAGGCCUUGUCACGAGGAUAGUUUCAGGUUCCAAACCGAACCCCUUGCACUGAAAAACCAUGCUGCGAUAAUGGAUAGCUUGGUAGAGAGUAUGCUCGCGAAAGGGGAAUUUGAUGUGGAAGGAAGGGAGUGUGCUAAUCCUGAUGUACUCGAUGAGUCUUUGUCAUUGAACUGCAGCAUUGGUGACUUGAGUGGUUGUCAAGGCCUAGACGUCGAGGAAGGGCGGGAUGAUGUAAAGCCAUUUGGUGCCAUUUCAGCUGACUCGCACUCUAGGGAUUUCAUGAUGAGUCGGUUCUUACCUGCUGCCAAAGCUGCGGUUUUGGAGCCACCUCAGUUUGUUCCAAAGAACGAUCUUUUGGUUACUGAACAACCGAGGCUGGUGAAGGAGGCAGUAGUUGGAGUGGAACGAAAGCCUUUAGCCAAGAAGUAUGAGCCUUACGUUAUGUCAUAUUAUAGUGACUAUGAAGGGGAUGUAGUCACUGAAAACGAAGACGAAACGAAUGACAAUAUGACUACUGAUCAACACAAACGGUCACGAAAGUUUUGGAAGCUUUUCCCUCGGCUUUCUGUGAAGAGUUCCUUGGGCAUGCUGAAUCCAUUCCCGGGAAUGAAGAGCAAAAGUCAGGCUCCCACAUCCUCAAUAAACGAUGUGAAAAGACUGACGAGAAAUGCUCCUAGUGGACCUCUUAACAAAGCCAGAAAAGCUUAUAGUGGACCUAUUGAGAAGCAAAGUUAUGAUGCCAUAUACAAGCAAAGAUUUCGUUCUGGAGCCCUAUCGGGGGAGCUGUGUAAAUCGGAUAAAAGAAGCUUAUCCAACCAGUUAUUUUGCUCUUCAGAUGGACAGAACUCUCACAGGGGCUCCAGAAGUGGUGCUAUAUCUCCCUACCGGAAUGUCACCACUUCAUCUCGUUUUAAUGAAGGAACGGGAUUUCUUGGGGUACCAAGAGAAGCUGAGAAUCUCAAGGGUAGUAUGUUUAGUUCAUUUAGGGAAGUUGACAGUCAUUUUUGGGACAGUCCUAUAAAGAGUACAUUCGAAGGAGAAUCAGAUUCACUGAGUAAUGUGGUUGAGAAAACGGUGUAUGUAGAUUCUGUGAAUUAUGUGAAAGCUACAAGUUUGGAUUUAUGUUCUUCAAAACCCAAGGGUGUUAUGGACUCUGUUGAGAAUCUGACAACUAUGACCAGCAGAAUUGUUGAACAAACAUCAUCAUCAGCUGCUAAAUCUUGUAGCAGAACCCAAAGUGCUUUGGGUUUGGGACAAAGAUUGAACCCUGAAGAGUUCAAAGACCUCCCAGAAAGGACGAGUUCAAACCUGAAUCAAGAACCGAAUCAUAAACGAGGUUCCAGAGAACUCUCAGCUGUGCAUUUCAAUGGAAAUACAAGUAGAAGCAGUCGAGAAAACUUUAAACCAGAUUAUCGAAGCUAUUCUGAUGUUACUUCUUCGCUAUCCCCCUAUCCACCAUUACCCAAAUCACCAUCAGAAUCAUGGCUCUGGCGCACACUGCCUUCAAUUCCUUCAAAUCAGAGUCCAAGGGCUACUAACACUGCCACCAAACGGGAGAUAACUGCGAGUUCUUGCAGUGAGCACCGUUGCAACUCCUAUUACACCGAGGAACUUAUUCCUUAUGGUUCCCACAUUUGGUAAGACACAUUACAAAUGAAUGUGUACCCUUCAAGAAUCUAUGAUUCUUUUCAUCUCCUCAAUGGAUGGAAUUUCUCGUUCCGGUUUAGUAUCAAAACUUGAGGUUCAAUUCAACACUCUCCAAUCUUUUCCUAGAUGGCUAGACCUCCCUUCUUGAGGAUGUUUUUUUUUUUUGUGAGGGCAAAGAAGAAAUGAAGUUUUCUUUUGGAGUGCCUAAUUUUGUAAUUCCUAGUAGUUUUAUGAACUCUUUGAAUGAGAUUGUAGUGAGCCAAGGAAAUUCAUGUUUUCUAUGCAAGCUAUGAUUUUGAUUCAUAUGAAGUUUAAUGGAAAUGGUUAUCUUUGCUUAA